UACAAUCUGACAAUUCUUUACCAUGUUGAUUUCGCAAACGAAAGUUGAUUUUUCUAUUGUGUUUUUGUGUGUAAUGUUUUCAAUGGGUAUUGCAGAGAUGAAUGUUCUAAAACAUAUCUUUGUUACUACAAAAGAUAGAAGAAUUCUUCCUAGCAGUACAUCAGUAAUAAAGCAAAUAACAUUGUCUCCAGCUGCUUGUGCGUCAUUGUGCUCCAUACAGGAAACUUGUUGCUAUGCUAGUUAUGACAUGAAAACAAAAGACUGCUACUUGGAUGAAUCUUGUUGCCCCAAAAAUGAGUCUUCAAUUGAUGCAGUUAUGUUAAUGAAAACUACAGAUUCAUUCCCAAACAAAUGGUUACAGUACGAAAAUAAAUGCCUCUACUUCAGCAAAGAGGAUAAAUCGUGGGACGAAGCUAGGUUGACGUGCAAGUAUAACUAUGGAAGUAGGCUAGUAGAAGUCGGUUCUAGUUUAGAAAACGACUUUUUGAAGAAUGUAGCAACUGAAUAUGGCCAAACUUACUGGCUAGGUGGAAGUGACACACAAAAUGAAGGUACUUUUACGUGGGUCAGUAGUCAGACACAAUUAACAUUUACUGAUUGGACGGACACCGAACCAAGUGGCUUUCCAGGAGAAGAUUGCGUUCGUAUCUCGCAAUGGGACCUCAAAUGGGGUGAUAUCUACUGUAGCAGACAAUACAGAUUCAUAUGUGAACAAAAGAUCGAAUAAUUGAUAUGGAAAGGAUAAGACCUAGCAGCAAACACUUUUUGAAUGUCAUUGAAUUAGUUGUGAUAUCAUGACGAAUGUAAUACAUAUGUUUUGAAAUGACGAUUUAAUGAUUUG